AUGGAAAACAAACAAGUCAAAUUUUAUAUAGUCUGGAUUUGUGGACUAUUAUUAUACAUAUACCUUGUAAUUUUCUUUUGGGAAUUUUCCAAGUUUUUGAAAUACUCCAAUGUUGUCGAGCCCAACAAACAACAACAGCUUAGUGAAGCACGUUUUUUUAAUGAAGCAGAUAUUCCGACUCUGAGCAUAGAGGAAAUAAAGAUUCGCAUAAUUAGUAUUAAUAAGCAACAAUUGGUGCUCAAUGAGGAGGCAUAUGGACCACUGGCAAAUGAUUCUGUUAUUAUUCUAAUACAGGUUCACAAACGUGUUGAGUACUUGAAGCAUUUGAUUUACAGUCUGUCGCUGGCUCGAAAUAUAUCGCAGGCCUUGGUGAUUUUCUCGCACGAUUAUUAUGAUAAUGCCAUAAACGAUUUGGUGCAAUCAAUCAAGUUUUGCAAAGUGAUGCAAAUAUUCUAUCCACACACAGUGCAAAUGCAUCCAAAUGAAUUCCCAGGCGAUGAUCCUAACGAAUGUUCGCAACAGAGUUCGAUAGAAGGAAAUCCCUUGAGUAAAUGCAAUAAUGUGUUACACAAUGUUACGCAGAUGAAGCAUCAUUGGUGGUGGAAGGCUAAUAUGGUUUUCAAUGGACUAGAAAUUACCAAGCAUCACAAAGGUCUCGUUUUAUUUCUGGAGGAAGAUCACUAUGUGGCUGAAGACUUUCUGCAUGUGCUGUUAUUAAUGCAAGAGAGUAGAGGAAAUUUGUGUCCAGACUGUAAUGUGCUGGCACUCGGUAAUUACCUAAAGUCAUUUCAGUACUUUACAUAUCACAAAAAGGUUGAGGCCGAGCCUUGGUAUGUGGGCAAGCACAACAUGGGCUUCGCCAUCAAUCGCACACUGUGGACUAACAUAAAUCGUUGUGCCAAAUCUUUUUGCAACUAUAACGAUUACAAUUGGGAUUGGUCACUGCAACACGUCUCCAGUUGGUGCCUCAAAAGACAACUGCUUGUUAUGGCUAUUAAAGGAACGCGAGUCUUUCACAUAGGCAAUUGGCAAGUUGCUAAACUAAGUUGAGAUAUUGAAUACUAAUUUGAAUGCAUUCGCAGUGGUUUUCAUCAUUCCAGCGACGAUUGCACUUCGGUUAAUCUCAUUACAAAGGUGCAACUUGUUUUGAAAUCAGCUCGAGAAGCCCAUCAACUCUAUCCCAAAUUUCUGAGAAUUGUGAAACCGCUGUUGCUUAAAAGAAAUCACUUGAGCACACAUUUCCAUAGCUACGGACGUUGGGCCGACAAACGUGAUCAUCAACUUUGCCUCAACAAUACGUUGCCAAAUCGCUGAAUAUUGCCUGCCAAAUAAACAGACUUUCAUGCAGUUGACAACGCAUUAUAAUUAU